GUCUGAGCAUGCGCACUGCAUCGGUUCUAUGGGGACGGGAGGAGGACAUCACGGAAAAAACGUAGCAGCAGCAGCACCACAAACCCCACACACGCCGAGAUUUCGUCUUCUCGCUGCGCUGUAACUGCGCGACGAAAAGCGGGGCUCACGACUAUGCCCGGCGCGGCGUCAAAGUGCGGGGAGAGGACCACUUGACAGGCCUGGGCGGAGGUCUGAGCCUUUUUGCCGGGGAAGGGGAAAUACAUUUGUUUCUUAUGGGAGAAGCAUGCGGGAAAUGGUCGGAGGUUGCUGCGUGUGUUCAGACGAGCGAGGCUGGGCUGAGAAUCCGCUGGUUUACUGUGAUGGACACGGCUGCAGCGUCGCCGUUCACCAAGCAUGCUAUGGCAUAGUCCAAGUGCCCACCGGUCCGUGGUUCUGCCGGAAGUGUGAGUCACAGGAGAGGGCGGCGCGUGUGAGGUGUGAGUUGUGUCCCCACAAGGAUGGUGCCCUCAAGAGGACGGACAGUGGCGGCUGGGCCCACGUUGUGUGUGCGCUCUACAUCCCCGAGGUGCAGUUUGCCAACGUUCUCACCAUGGAGCCCAUCAUCCUGCAGUACGUCCCACAUGACAGAUACAUCAAGACCUGCUAUAUCUGUGAGGACCAUGGGAGGGAGAGCAAGGCUGCCUGUGGAGCGUGCAUGACCUGCAACAGACAGGGCUGCAGACAAGCUUUUCAUGUCACCUGUGCUCAGAUGGCAGGUCUGCUGUGUGAGGAGGAAGGCCCAGAAGCUGACAAUGUGAAAUACUGUGGCUACUGCAAGCAUCACUACAACAAAAUGCAGAAGAAGCUGCGCUCCAGUGAAAACACAAGCAGCUCCAUCUGUCAUCCCAGAGGUCGCCCCACCUCUCCAUCAUCCCAGGAAAAACACCAUCACCACAAACUGAGGAAGGUCAGCACUAAAGAAGUAUCACGAUCCGUUGCACCUCAAGCAAAGGAAAGCAUAAAAUAUCAGAGUCAUAAGGACAAGAUCCGACAAAAAGAGCGCCACAAGAAGUCCUCUGACGGCCUGAGCACCUCAGUGAUGACCAGCAGUAUUGAAAAGAUAUCCUCCAGUCACCACAGCAGCAAGGACAGCGAGGGAAAGUCCAAGAAGCAGAGCUCACACAGUCACAGUCAUCGCAGCAAAAAAACAGGAAGCACUGGCAAGAGCUGCUCCUCGUCCUCCUGCUCCUCCAGUCCGUUCAACACAGGUGGCUCCCUGACCUCCACUCAGGAUUUCCAUCAGUUCUCAUCAUCAUCAUCCCGUCUGGAGCGCGACCACGAUCGAGGCGGCGACGACCACAGCAGCGAUGAGCGAAAGGAGCGUCACAGGAGGCCGGCGGUCCAAGAGGAAGAGGAGGAAGAUGAGAAGGAACGGGACAAAGACGAGGAGGGGAAGGGGGAAGAUGAGGACGAGGAUGAGGACAGUAAAUACCACAAGCCACCAGCUUUGACUUCUGCUGAUGUCCCACUGGCGGGGUCACAGGGUCACGACCGGUCCGAGGGCAACUCAAGCCCCUUUGAGAACAAAGUCACUAUUUCCACCUUUGGGUCCAUCAUGCGCAUCACGUCCACGUCCAGCCUGGGCAGCAGCAGCAAGAUCCGCAAGAUCUCCUCAUCGGGGGACUACAAACCCUCCAAGUCUCUCAGCAAACAAUCCCAACUGAGCACGCCACCCAUCCUAGAAGAGGCGGACCUGGAGGAGAAAUCCGCUCCCCCGCCGCUGCCCCGAGAAAGGAGGCACCGCGGCAACAAGAAAAGCAGCCACGGUCCAGGACGCCCACGAGGCAGCAAGAACCGAGAGAGGAGAGAAGAGGAGCAUCAUCACCACCACCACCACACAGCACCUCCUCCUCCCCCUCCUCCUCCUCCUCCUCCUCCUCCGGCCUUAACCUCCUCUGUUUACCCAAGCCCAUCCUCCAUCCCUCACCCCGCCUUCCCCUCCACUCUUCCACCCACCAGUAUCACUUCCUCCUCUUCUUCCACAUCAUCUUUCUCCUCCUCCUCUGCAGGCAGUUUUUCCACAAGCCGCGGCAACUCGCUGCUCGGCUCCGGUAUCUACUCCAGUCUCAAGGACCCUCUCACGCUGGGCGGGGGUGUUUGCAGUACCCCUCUGUCUCUGGGUGGAGGGGUGUGUAGCACCUCCCUGUCCCUGGGAGGGGGUAUGUGUAGCACCCCUCUCACCUCAGGACUCCUUCAAUCACACGUUUCCUCCCUCUCACUUCCGUCAGUCAGUGCCGUCUCAAACACGCAGGUCCAUCCGGGAUCGAGCACCUCCUACAGUUUGACCUCCUUACAGCCGUUUGCCAGCUGUCUCUCCACAGCCCCGACACUGCCACCACUACUGAGCCAAGCCCAGACCUCACUGCCAGAGACGGACCUCGAUGACUGUCGCUUCCCGUGUCAGGGGAACUCACCAAGAGACAGUCUUUCUUCACAGUCUCCUAUGAGCUGUCUUCCUCUUCUGUUUGACCAGAGAGACGGGUUGAGUGCAGGAGUCAGAACCCGUCCAGAAAACGUCCCAGCAGCCAGCUCUCACAUCGAGCUGCUGCUGGAGAAACACAGCAAUGGAGAGAUGGGAGUCAACAUUGUCGAGAUGCUGCAGUCACUUCACUCCCUGCAGCAGGAGAACCAGCGGCUCCAGGACCAGAUCCUCAGCCUGACCGCCAAAAAGGAGCGCCUGCAGAUGCUCAACACUGAGAUGGCCGUGCAGUUCCCUCCUCACAUCAUCUCCGCCCAGAGCUCCAUGCACGCCUCAGCCCAGAUCAACUUCCUGUCAUCCAACCAAGACCCCCUGAGCAUCAAUAAGAGUCCUCUGUCCAAAAGCUGCUUCCUGAAUGAAACUUCUUUUGUUACCUCGUCUGAGGAGCUCCACUCUGGUAGUCCGUCCCGCAGUAGCUCCUCCCUCUCCUUCCAGAGUACCCCUCCUCCUCAGCAGAGCCCCGCCUCCUUCGGACAGCCUCUGCUGAACGGCCUGAGUCGAGGUCUGAGUGAUGGUUUGGGCGCCAUCAACCAGGCGGGCUGCUCGACGCUGCCCUUGGUGGGCGGGCUGAUGGCUUCCCUAGCGGGAAAUUCUCAGCUCAAUAUGAACAGUGUGCUGGGCAGUCUGAACGGUGUGAUCCAGUCUCCUGUGCAGAACGCGCCCCAGCCCACCCUUCCUGCUCUGCGCCCCCAGCCUCCACCGCUAAACCCCCAGGUCCUCACAUCAGGCUUUCAGCUUCCCAAGAGUGUGAGCCCAUCUUCUCUGCUGUCUGAGCAGCAGAAGCAGCUUCUUCUCGAGCAGCAGCAACAGCAGCUCCAGCAGUUCCUCACCUCACAGAAUUUCACUCCGGAGCAGCAGGUGUUGGUGUGCCAGAUGCUGCAGCAGCAGAGACAAAGGGAGCUGCAGCGCCUCACGCUGACAGGAGCCCUCACCUCCAACCCAAACUCACCCAACCUGCUGUCUUCAGCCACCGCCUCACCCCUGCAGGGAGGCAGCCUCUUUGGCCUGCAGGAAAACGCACUUCACAAGCCCGGGUCUGCAGGAGAGAAGGGUGGAGACAAGAACGGGUGAUUUUUUUCCUGACCACACAGGAGCAGCUCAAAUGAAGAAAUCUGGCAUCGAUGCUAACUUGAAGAACCAAGGUCACACGUCUGUGUGACUGUUGAACAUCUUUCCCUCUGUCAUCCUCAUCUUACUCCCUCAUUUAUGAAUGUAUAACAGGAUGGACUUAAACGUCAAGGUGAAGUUUUUUGUGUUUUGAUAUUCUUUAUAUUCAAGGAUCUUCUCAUAGAUUUUUGCGUAGGCAGCUUUCAGAGAGCAUGAAAACAGUGAUCUCUUCUUAAAUUGCACUAAUUUGUUAGCUAGACCAAUGGGGCUGCUUCUGAAGGCAGAUCCAGAACUCCUGCUCGUCCCUGCAGGAGCUGCAGGAGCUCCCACGGUGGGAGUAAACUUUCUCUCUCUGACUUCUUUGAGCACUUACCUUUCAUCAUUUCCUGCUUGAACCAGAGUUUCCAUUCAGUAAGUGAGACUUUUUGAAACCUCAACUGUCUUCCUGGAUAUUUUGUCUUCCCUUUAUGUUGUUCACCCCCACCCAAGUUUCACCAAGAUUUUGUAUACGUUGCAACCUCUCACCUGCACUUCUGAUGUAAAGGGUAAAUAUACUGUCAUUUUUUUAUGCUUGUUAGGGGCAUUUAAACAUUAAGCUAGUAAUUACCUCAGAUCUUUCUGCCACAUGUUUCCCACUGUUCAAAUUUUGUGAUGACUUUUUACCGCAAUAGCCUUCACUGGAUAAACAAUUAACUCAUGUAAAUGUAAAAUGGCACAAAACCAAGGUGUCCAAAAUGGCCCUAGAGUCCACCAGAGACUGACAAGUACACAGACUUUAUUUAAAAAACCACCCUGAGAGUUUCUAAAGACUUUUAUAUCCUUCCAGUUGCUAUGGAGAUUAAGCAGAUGAAACCAAACAUUUGGAAAUUGUAAGUAAGAAAUGAAUUGUUUUUCCUAAACAAAUGUGCACUUUGCAUGUUAGAAGCUAACAGAGCAAAUUAGCCAUCAACACAUGACCUUCUAAAGGAUGCUUGGUACUUAGUAGGCUGUUUGGCACUGAUAAGUUUUUUUUUUUUAUGUGAGUAUUUUUGCACUCCUCCUCCUGAAGUGUUGUUGUUUUUGUUGUUUAGUUAUUUUCACACUUAGAUAUCCUUUCAUGAUCAUCGACUAGUCGUUCUUUUAGCAAUACUGGAUAGAUAAUGCCUUAAUGAAACUAGAUUUACAGAGGAAAAGCAUGAGCCCAAAGGCUCACUCUCUUGUUGUCUUUCUUUGAUCGUGUUUUUUAUCUGGGGUUCAUGGAAGGGUACGUUAGUAAAGUGAGAGCACUCUUCCUAAACCUGUUUAUACUUUUGAUAGCAGACUGGUAAUUUCCAACAUUGAAAUGUGUGAAUAAGCGUAUAGUGGUAACUAAAGUGUCAAAUCAUUUUCUAUUGUAAGUUUUGUGUUCAGAUGCAAUGUGCUUUAGUUUGUGCUUCAGAGCACCAAGAAAUAAGGACUUACUUUGGCUCUUACAUUCUAUUCUGCACAGAGGAGUCAUAGGAGAGCAAGAUGUAAAUGUUUGUUCAAGUGCUGUUGCAGCAGUGUAUGAUGCAUAGUGUAGCUGUUAUCAACUGAGAGGACAGAGAUAUGACAAUGUAGAGACUUUAAUAAGCUUCUGCUCGAUCAUGUGAAUACUGGAGACCUAAGAGGCAACAGAGAACAAAUAUGAAGAUGCCAAUCCAUCUUCUAAAUCAACUGUUUUGUGACCUAAACCAGUUUGUAAUUCAAUAAUAAUUACUAAAACAAGGCAGGUUGGGGGGAAAGUAUUAUAUAAAAAUAUAUAUAUUUAUUUUCUAUCCUUAAAAAGACUUAACUUUUUGGUGAACUUUGUGCACAGCUGAGGAAGUGACUUCAAAAAGGAUCCAGGACUAAUUUGAUUUGAGAGGGAGGAUCUCAAAACUUAAAAAUGAGUCACUUUAAACAAAAAUGUUUGAUGACAAAAAUGACCUGUUUGUCAGAGGACAGAACAUAUGACAGGUAAAAAAUGUUUUCUUUUACCGGAUGAUGAACACAGGAGAGAAACUAUUUGGAACAGACUCACCUGUCUCUUAGGGCUUCUGUAUUUGAUGAAUCUGUCAGAUUUGGGUUAUCUCACCAUGUUUCUCCUUUACUCUCGUCUUCUGUUUGUAACGUUCAACAGGAUUUCCCUUACAUGUGAUAUCUGGAGUGUUACUUUGUCUUGUUAGCGGCUAAUGUAGACGUCGUAAAGGAACCUUAAGCGGCUCACUAGUCGAUGAUAAAUACUGUAGCAACGACAGGAGAAUGUUGAUUUAUGUUGAAAACAUGAACCAACGUGUUGACAUGACUCCAUGUGGGAGGUCUGCAAUUAACCAAGUAUGUCCUUUGUAUGUGAGUCCAGACACACGACCAUGUCCAAGAGAUUGACUGAGGAUGGUGCGAAGGAUUUCUGAAGCCGUUUCUUUUUCAUGUUGCACUGGGGCGCUUUGGGCCCAAUUGUAAAUCCUUUUUUAGUACUUUUUUUUUAAUUUUGUUGGAAUACAAGUUGUAUACUUUAAUAAGUUUGUGUGAAAACACAUUCAUGCUUUGAAGCUUUGAAGUUUGGGUAACAAAGAUAAUCCAUGUUCUGAAUGUCGUACUGUGUAUCUUUUUAUGUAUUACAACAAUGAAGCACCUGGCUCUGAAUGAGAAGACGGAGAGAGAGUUACCUAUUGGGGUAGGAAUUGCAUGAAAUGCAGUGAGGUCUCUCAAAUGUGUUGCUAAAUACCAAGUAAUAACUAUGCAUCAUUUUAAAUGCAUUGUUCCCUGAAAAAAAAAAAGAAAUUAAAUGAAAUGAGCACUGAAUUUUAAAAAAAGGACAAGCAUGUUGUCAUUGUACAGUGUAUUUGUUUGAGAGAAUUGAUCAAAACGAAUUUGACAAAUUCAGAUUAAAAGCCCUGUAAAGUAUUUUGAUAUUUUUGUGUGUAAAAUUAAAAAAGGACGGAUUAAGAGAACUUUUUGUCAAUAAAUGUAUUUUACUGAGUUGUUUUA